GAGCGCCGGUGUGUGAACGACCUGUCGAAAGGCUAAAUGUCGUAUUUACUUAUUUUAAUUACCCAAGUUUUUUAUGUUUCGGCACUAUUUUAAGUUUGGCAUUUUUUCAAAACUGUGUGACGUUAACGGAAAACAAUAAUUCCUGUGAAAUCUAACCAACAGAUCAAAGAAACUAUUUGAAGGCGGUCGCAUCACGUACUGGAAGGGCAAUGUUUGCCAAAAAGAAGAAGAAACCACAAAUAUCUACUCCAACGAAUUUUGAACAUCGUGUACAUACUGGAUUUGAUAAACGUGAAGGAAAGUUCAUUGGACUUCCAUUGCAGUGGGCUUCUAUUGUUGGAAACAAUCAGAUUUUGAAAUCUACAAACAGACCAUUACCCUUGGUGGAUCCAAGUGAAAUUACACCUACGGAAAUUUUAGAUCUGAAAACUAUUGUUCGAGGGCAUAAUGAUCCAAAAGGAAGAACUUCUACCAGUGAGAAAAAUACUGAAAAUGGAUUACCCAAAACCAGCACAGUUGCUAGAUCUAACUCUCUUCGUUCUUCAAGCCCACCAAGACUCAGAAGGGAUUACAGGCAUAACAGUAAUUUGCCACCAUCUGUGCCAGAAGGUCAAGAAAUACCUUCUAGCACUAAUCAAGUACAAGGAUAUACUAACUUUGGAAAGCAACAUAAUUACCUUGAUAAAAUGAGACAAAAUUCACCCAAUGUUGCAAGCACGUUGCAUCCUAAUGCACAAAAUAUGAUCCCAAAUCUUCAGAAUCUCAAUCCAAAUAUGCAAUCAUCUCCCAAUUUAACGCAUGUUGGUUCUAAUGCCCAGAAUUUAUCUUUAAAUUUCCAAAACUUGAGUCCCAUUACAACCCCACAGUGUCCUAUGCAAAGUCCUAGUACUCCCCAACUCGUAGAUUCUGAAUUUCAUAGGCUAAAUACUCAGAUGACUACAAGUACAUCUGGACAGUAUAAUGGAAACGUCCAGGCUUCACAUAUCGAAACAUCCUCGAGGGAUCAACAAGUAACUCAAAAUACUCUUUUGCAUAAGCUGCAACCUAAAAUUUCACCUGUUGGAUCCAUUGCUUCACAGCGACCAUUGAGCCAAUUGAGUACGCAUAAUGUUAAUAAAUAUUCACAAGCCUACAGUACGCCAGAAAAUCCAUCCAUUUUGCAAUCUCAUAUAAAAAAACCUAUUGAAACGUCUCAAUCGAUGCAUAAUUUGUCAAAGUCCAAUCUACCGUCCUCCGGAAACAGUUCGACACCUGAUCAAAAUCAAAAUAUGAAGAGUGCUUUAUCUUCGGGUAAUCUAGCGGUCGGUUCAAGUUCGAGUACGACGAACAAACAAACAGCAGAACAAAGACUCACUCAUGAACAAUUUCGAGCGGCUUUACAGAUGGUGGUAAGUCGUGGCGAUCCCAGAGAAAAUUUAGAAAAUUUUCUUAAAAUCGGAGAAGGAAGCACUGGAACAGUAUGUAUAGCAACUGAAAAAAAUACAAAUCGGCAAGUGGCAGUGAAGAAAAUGGAUUUAAGAAAACAGCAGCGGCGUGAACUACUUUUUAACGAAGUGGUUAUCAUGCGAGACUACCACCAUCCGAAUAUUGUCGAAAUGUAUGAUAGUUUCUUAGUAGAUGACGAAUUAUGGGUCGUGAUGGAAUACCUUGAAGGUGGAGCGCUUACGGAUAUUGUCACACAUUCUCGGAUGGACGAAAGUCAGAUUGCCACAGUGUGUUCUCAAUGUUUGAAACCACUUGCAUAUUUACAUUCUCAAGGUGUUAUUCAUAGGGACAUCAAGUCUGAUUCGAUAUUACUAACAGCCGAUGGUAGAGUUAAAUUAUCCGACUUUGGAUUUUGUGCUCAAGUGUCUCAAGAAUUACCCAGGCGAAAGUCUCUCGUUGGAACACCAUAUUGGAUGAGUCCAGAAGUUAUUUCUAGGUUGCCAUACGGUCCUGAAGUAGACAUUUGGUCAUUAGGUAUAAUGAUCAUCGAAAUGGUUGACGGAGAGCCACCGUUUUUUAACGAACCUCCUUUACAAGCUAUGAGACGUAUUAGAGAUAUGCCUCCUCCAAAGUUGAAAAAUUCUCAUAAAGUCAGUCCGCGUCUUCAAGGGUUUUUGGAAAGAAUGCUUGUUCGUGAUCCGGCGCAAAGAGCCACGGCUACUGAAUUGUUACAGCAUCCAUUUCUUAGGCAAGCACAGAGUCCAAGUAUUUUAAUUCCAUUGAUGAGGGGUUCCAGGCAUACGAACUGCUAAGUGCUGAUAAGUUGGUGUAAAAAGACGGGUGUGGUAAUUGAUUUAUUAACACGGACAUAGAUUACAAACGUAAUCGUGUUUACGAUUGUUUUUUAGUUUGUUAUUAGAUGGUACAUUUUAGAAUAUAUAGAAUAUAGGAACAUUUAUGUGGCCUUUGAUUGUUGAAAAAAGAAACUUACAUUCCAUUGUGGCCUUAAUCUAGAAAUGUUAUAUCAUUUAUCUACGUUGCCUAUGCUAGGUAUUAACGUUGUAAAAGAUACUUUUUUAUACCGAAUUAUUUAACAAAGUAUUGUACACAUUCAAGUGCCUUAAGCAGCACUGUUUUUGUGCUCUUCUAUUUACAACUUUCAUUUCGAUAUCAAUUUCACUAUUUGUUACCUAUGAAAUCAUUUGCAAAAUAACAGAUAAAAAUCUCAUUUCCUUCGUUGAUUUAAAUGACGAUGAGAGAUAUUACUAAUCAGCAGAAUAAAAAUAUUUUUGCUAAAAUAUUGCUGUCAUGCAUGUACUUAAGGUAACUAGUAAGUAGUCAUAUUUAAUUCAAGAGUGUCAAUAAGACAAAUUGAAGUAUUCUGAGAAAGGAAUAGUUAGCGUCGAUUAAUACAUUGCUUAAAUCGACGAUUUGUAUGCCGUGUAGUUUAAAAAAGCAAAACAUCGAUUUUUAUCCUAAUUUAUUUGAUAUGCGUUGGUAUAACGCUUUAAAUGUACGCGACUGGAAUAAAAGUUAUUGCUAAUCUUUUGAGGCUGAUAAAAUAACGUGAUAAAAUCGCCAUAAAGUGAUUCAAAUUACUCGAAUAUUAGAUCCAGUGCGCUUUUUUCAGUAUUCUUAAUAUACAUAUAACAGAACAUAUAACAAAAUAUCUUAGGUUCAAAAAUGCGCUAAGAAAAAUAUGCCGUUAGUAAAUAGAUAUCUGUAAUUAUUAACGUACUUUUCAAUAUGUAGAUAUUUCAUGUGGAAUUAACCAGAGAAGUUUCGAACAAUAGGUAUUUCACUAUAUUAAUUAAUAUAUUUUAAGAUAAACCGCAAUGAUACCUAAUGCCAUUUACCUUGAUCGAAUAAAAGAUCAAAAUACAGUACGGACAAAGGCCAUCGAUCGGAUAGAUGAUUUAUGAUAACGAUAAUUUAAGAUAUGCAUCGCAAUAGAAUUUUUACAAAAUGUAGAUACUAUCGAAUUUCAUUACAUAGAUAAAACAUUUAAGCAAAAACAGUGACCGUAAAGUGAAAUGAAUUACCUAGCUACUCGCCAUUUAUAGAAAUUUAAGAAACAAAAAUUAUGCGAAACAAUCGUUAUGCGUUUGUUGUAAUCCUUACAAGAUACUUCACAAUGACGUUUGCCUGUGCCUCUCUUUCGUUUUCUUUCUACCUAUACACAUGGAAGUGCACGUCUGCGACUACAGAAUCUGUAUGUAUGUAUACGAUAACGUAUUGACUAUUGAUAAUUGAUAUUAAACAAUUUAAUAGAAUGAAAUCAAAAAUAUAUGACAAAAUAAAAAAUAAAUUUAAUCAAUACAUUUACAAAAAUAUACUUCAGACGUAAUAAAGA